CCCCCCUCCCACCCCCCGGGCGGCUCCUGGCGUGUGCGGGGCGAGCCGCGGGGCCGCGCGGCGGGUGAGAUGCGCGCGAGGCAGCGGCGGCCCCGGGGGCAGCCGGCGGCGGGCGGGGCCGCGCAGGCAGAGUACAACGUUUCAAAAUGCUGGAGGUUAUCUGGGUGAACCUAGAGAUUACAUUUAAUGCGAUUGCGUCUUCAGAAAUUUUGCUCCUGCGUUUCAUGAGCUAAACUAUUUCACAAGGAUGAAAUCAGAUACCUUUGAGGAUCUCCAAGUUAACAACGUCCUGUGAAUUCAGAGAUUUUCUGAAGGAGGAGUAGAUUUCAUCAUAUAUGUGGACUUCGUUUGUUGCCCGAGGAUACAGUUUUCCCUUUUUUUGUUCUGAAAAGCUGUCUACAUGAAGAUGAGGUUGCAUCCAAGAUACAGCCUGGGGAAUUAGGUGAAAAAGGACACUGUUAAUGAGUUUACCAACAUUUUUUUCCAUUGGUGUUUCCAGAUUUUUUUGGUUGUUGUUUUUAAUACAGAAAUGAAGGACAAGUAUAAAACAGCAGAGCUGAUGUAUUUCUCUGAGGCCUUUGUGUAAGCCUCUGUUGUCUGGACCUGGUGCUAAAGGAAAAGCAAUCUGCUCUUGAUCAGCUGAUUGUGACUGUGGAACAGAACCUUUAAUUUAAAGUAACUUCCAGCUGAAAUUAUUUUACUCUCUGGCUUGCACAGGAUGAAAGGGAAAAUUAACAUGUUUUACCGGUCAGGGGCAUUUUACUGAACUACGAAAGGGAAAGUUAGGUUUUCCUAACUUCUAAUUUAAAACCAAGAACUGACAACAUUUUUCUUAGAAUUUGACUACUAGGCAGAUCUCGACAGUUUAAAGCAAGUCAGAUGUCAGCAAACGACUCUUCUCCCCCAUCCUUACAGAAGUUUUCCCCACCCACGUGUCAUGCUGCUGCACAACAAACCCCAACGUUGUCUUCAAGUCCCCAGUCGGGGCUCUCCAGUCGGCUCUCCAAUGGCAGUUUCAGCACGCAGAGCCUCACAAACUCCAGGGGCUCUGUGCACGGGGUCUCAUUCCUUCUGCAGAUCGGUCUCACUCGAGAGACUGUCACCAUUGAAGCUCAGGACCUGUCCCUCUCUGCUGUUAAAGACCUCGUGUGCUCUAUAGUUUACCAGAAGUUCCCAGAGUGUGGUUUCUUUGGCAUGUAUGACAAAAUUCUCCUCUUCCGGCAUGACCUGAACUCAGAUAAUAUUUUGCAACGGAUUACAUCAGCAGAAGAGAUACACGAAGGAGAUCUUGUUGAGGUUGUUCUCUCUGCUUUGGCUACAGUUGAAGAUUUCCAGAUUCGUCCUCAUGCGCUUUAUGUGCACUCCUACAAGGCUCCUACUUUUUGCGACUACUGCGGAGAGAUGCUUUGGGGUUUGGUACGACAAGGGCUGAAAUGUGAAGGUUGCGGGUUAAACUACCAUAAGCGAUGUGCCUUCAAGAUCCCAAAUAACUGUAGUGGAGUGAGGAAGAGGCGUCUGUCUAAUGUGUCUUUACCAGGAGCAGGGCUUUCAGUUCCAAGGCCAGCACAAGCUGAAUACACGGCCUCUGCCUCUGAAGAACGCUGCUGCCCAGAACCUAGUAAAAGGAUUCCCUCUUGGAGUGGCCGUCCCAUCUGGAUGGAAAAAAUGGUGCUUUGCAGAGUGAAGGUUCCUCACACCUUUGCUGUUCACUCUUAUACUCGUCCCACCAUAUGCCAGUAUUGCAAACGGCUCCUCAAGGGCCUUUUUCGCCAAGGAAUGCAGUGUAAAGAUUGCAGAUUCAAUUGUCACAAACGUUGUGCAUCUAAAGUGCCUAAAGACUGUCUUGGAGAGGUGACUUUCAAUGGAGAACCUGCUAGCCCAGGCCAGGAUUUGGACAUGCCAAUGGAGGUUGAUAGCAGUGAAAUGAACAGUGAUGGUAGCCGGGGUCUUGAUGACACCGAGGAGCCCUCUCCUCCAGAGGACAAAAUCUUCUUUAUGGAUCCAUCUGACCUUGAUGCAGACAAAGAUGAGGAAGCUGUCAAAACCAUCAGUCCCUCAACAAGCAAUAAUAUUCCUCUCAUGAGAGUUGUACAGUCCAUCAAGCAUACAAAGAGGAAGAGCAGUACAAUGGUGAAGGAAGGAUGGAUGGUCCACUAUACUAGUAGAGACAAUCUGAGAAAAAGACAUUACUGGAGACUGGACAGCAAAUGCCUCACACUGUUUCAAAAUGAAUCUGGAACAAAAUAUUACAAGGAGAUUCCACUUUCAGAAAUUCUCCAGGUGACUCAGCCUCGAGAUUUUUCAAACGUGGUGCAGGGCAGCAACCCAUACUGUUUUGAGAUCAUCACUGACACGAUGGUGUACUUUGUUGGCGAAAACAAUGGCAGCAGUCAUCACAGUCCUGUUCUUGCUGCCACCGGAGUUGGACUUGACGUAGCUCAGGGCUGGGAGAAAGCCAUUCGUCAGGCUUUGAUGCCAGUCACUCCUCAAGCUAGCGUUUGCACUGCAGCAGGACAAGGAAAAGAUCACAAAGAGUUAUCCCUAAGCAUCUCUGUUUCAAAUUGCCAGGUCCAGGAGAAUGUGGAUAUCAGCUCUGUGUACCAAAUAUUUGCUGAUGAAGUGCUGGGUUCCGGUCAGUUUGGUAUAGUAUAUGGAGGAAAGCACAGGAAGACUGGAAGAGAUGUAGCUAUCAAGGUCAUUGACAAGAUGAGGUUUCCAACUAAGCAGGAAAGUCAGCUUCGUAAUGAAGUAGCCAUUCUCCAGAAUUUGCAUCACCCUGGGAUUGUGAACCUGGAAUGUAUGUUUGAAACCCCAGAACGGGUCUUUGUUGUGAUGGAAAAGCUGCAUGGUGAUAUGCUAGAGAUGAUUCUCUCCAGUGAGAAAAGUCGACUUCCAGAACGAAUAACUAAGUUCAUGGUCACUCAGAUACUUGUUGCUUUGAGGAAUUUACACUUCAAGAAUAUUGUGCACUGUGAUUUAAAACCAGAAAAUGUACUACUAGCAUCAGCAGAGCCAUUCCCUCAAGUAAAGCUGUGUGAUUUUGGCUUUGCUCGUAUCAUUGGUGAAAAAUCUUUCAGGCGCUCUGUGGUGGGGACACCUGCGUAUCUUGCCCCUGAAGUGCUCAGGAGUAAAGGUUACAAUCGCUCUCUGGACAUGUGGUCGGUUGGAGUUAUUGUCUAUGUGAGCCUUAGUGGUACAUUCCCAUUUAAUGAAGAUGAGGAUAUAAAUGAUCAGAUUCAAAAUGCAGCAUUUAUGUACCCACCAAAUCCUUGGAAGGAAAUUUCUAGCGAAGCCAUUGAUUUAAUAAACAAUUUGCUUCAAGUGAAGAUGAGGAAACGUUUCAGUGUUGACAAAUCCCUUAGUCACCCGUGGUUACAGGAUUAUCAGACUUGGCUUGACCUCAGAGAAUUUGAAACACGCAUCGGAGAGCGUUACAUUACCCAUGAGAGUGAUGAUGCACGCUGGAAAGAACAUGCGUAUGAACACAACCUUGAGUACCCCCAGCAUUUUAUUAUGGCUCCUAACCCAGAUGACAUGGAAGAAGACCCUUGAUUUAUUUGUUUUGCUGAAUUCCAGCACAGAUGAACACUCCAGACAGAAACUGAAGAUAAGUUUUGGAACAACUGUCGCUCUUUCUGAAUGUUGUACACACAGCGCAGUGUACAAAGUCUCAGAGGAUCCUGCAUUGACUUGGGGAUAGACUGUCACCCAACAAGCUUUACUCCAUCUCUGACUUAAACUCUGAGUAGUUACUGGACAGUGAGAUAAGCCCCGUUGGGUAACAUUACACCAAGUUGUAUGGCUACAGAGCCAUUACCGAAGUGGAAUGUGUACAGAUUGAAUGGUUUGCGUGUUUUUCCUUUUUUUUUUUUUUUUUUUGUAGCCUACACAGUAAGAAUUUUGUAAUGGUUUCCUAAUCCCUAUUUAGUAGGCCAUAGAGGACUGUUUUCUGUUACUUAGAUACAUCUCCCAUUUCUUAGACUGCAUUGUGAAAAGACGUUGUGUAAGGAAAUCAGUGCAGAAUACCUUGGCUAAUAGCAGAACGUGUUUUAGGGUUGAAUAUGGCUUCAGAGAUGAAGGAGUAAUUUGCUGCUGUUAAGACAGUUACGUUAUGUCUGUCUUUGCCCUAACUGAACUUUUUCCAGAUACCAAAAAAAAAAAAAAAAGAAAGAAAAUCCUGUAACUUCUUACAUUCCUCUUGAAAUGCUGACUGACAAUCUAAAGAGACGACAAUCAAAGCUGUGCUAGUCCUUUAUUUUGUCUUGAAGAGCAAUAAGCCACAACAGUGUGUUGCUGUGCAAGGCUGGCACAUGUCGUAGAUGCACACCAAAGGCAUUUGGCCUUAAAACCACACAAGCAGUGCAGAGAGAGCGCGAGACUUAAUGUAGCAUAUCCUUUCACUCUGGAAAAAGUUUCUAGCAGAAGGAUGUGGAAAAAUAGGGAAAAAUACAUGCAGCUUUCUUCUGUUGUUUUUCAAUAACUAAAUUGAAAAUUUUUAUAGUAUUUUUCUAAUUUUUUUAAGGUUCCCUGGAUUUGCAUCAGGACUAGUUCGUAGCCUGCUAGCUUAUACCUUAAUUCUGUUCUAAACCUAGGUGUGACAAAAUUACCUGUUGCUUCUGCCAGGGCAGCUGGACUGUAAGAGAAAGGGCUCUGCCUUCCAAUCUUUACCUGCAGCCCCUCCUAUUCUCUUCACUGUGCUCAGCUUUGUUGUUCUGAGCUGAAAGAAGAAUCCAAAACCAACUUCUAAUUCAGUUUUUUUUGCAGAUGCUUUGCUUGAUGGAUUCCCAGCCACUUACGGGACUUUGUGGCACAAUUGAGAGGAAGCAGCAAUGAUCUUUGGAAAUGAUUCCUUAGGAGGAUAGUGUAACAAAAUUCUUCGUAUUUCAAGGAGGUUUGAAGCCUUGGAUGAUAAGCAGAUAGAGUUUUUUUGUUUUUUUUUUUUUUUUUCUUUUUCCCCAUCCUGUUUAAAAAUGGGAAAAAAUUGAAAUCUUUUGUGCGGGAACAACUGAUCUGUGCUGCUGGAAGGUGCUGGAUUGGCUGUACGUAUCCCUGGUGUGCCAAGCUGCUUAACUGGAGCUUGGUUUAAAAUACUUUUUAAAAUACUGAUACAGGCUUGAACUGCAAAGGUAGUAGGCGACCUUGGGGUAGCUCCUUUCUCUCCUAACAAAUUUUUUUUUGUGUAUGUAGAUGAGUAUUAUUUUUUCUCCCUACUGUUGUUCAGGUAAGGAAAUAGGUGAGCAGAUGUUUUCUAAGCUGUUAGAAACCCGUAACAUUUUAGAAUUCUGGGGCUGGCAGCUGUUUGCAGUCACUGAACUGGCAGUAAAGGCAGCAGCAGCUGCAGAAGUAUGUGCCCGUGGGCAGGUUUGGGUCUUGAACCCACCCUUCCUUUUCUGGUUGCCCUUAAUCUAACUGCUACCACAUUUUGUAUGUAUCUGAGUUGAUUAAAGCUGAAGCUUGGUUUCCCUGUUAGGAUACACCGAGCUUUGCACAAAACUUUUGGUGCAGCCUGCAUAGCAGUUUCUACAGCCGCCCAGGUGCAGAGCGUUCCCACCCGUCCUGCCAUCCUGCCCUCUCUCCCAGCAUGUGUUUUUCUCAGGUUUGUGCAGGGGACUUGCCUGAUGGCAGCCUGGUCCGUGCCACUCCUGCACUGGGGAGUCAUGCUUCCCCUUUCACGCUGUCAGAGCAAUAUAAAGGAAUUCAAAAGGGGCAGAAUUUGUCCCUUAACCUUGCCAUUGUGUUAAGGUGAAGCUUUGGGACUGAUUCUUCUCAGACAGGCACUAUUUUUUUAAUCUAUAGAGACAGAACAAUCAUCGAUGAAGUUGGUAGUCUAGUAUUGGCCCAGGUGGCAAGGGAAGCAGUGUUUUUUUUUUUUUUUCUAACUUUUACCACCCAAGUGACCAAAUUUCGGUGAAGCCAUUGCUAUCUUCCAACUGUAAUAGUGUAGAUACAGUUUGGUUUUAAGCUUCAGAUUUCGAACCUGAGCUGUCACUUCAGGUUUUCCUUCCUUUUAUUUUUAAGGGAGGAAAAAAGCCAGCUCAGUUGCUUGAAAAGCACAAUGCAGAAGAAGGGGGUACAAUUAAAAAAAAAUAAAAGGCCUGGCUGAUGUCUCUCCCCAUGAAGUCUGCUCUGUGCUUCAAGAAGUUAUAUGCGCUAUUUAUUCUUAAGUUGUAUUUAAAAAAUAAAAAAAUAAAAAGCUGUUGGCCUUUGGAGUGGAUUGCCUGACAAUAUAUGCAGACUUGUGGGGCCAGACAAUAGAAGCCACAAGCUAGUAGUACAAGAACCACAAAAAAUCAGAUACCCACCAGAAGUAAACUUUCUUCACUGAUGGAUGAAAAUAGCUGACUUUUUUUAUUCCCUUUUUUCUACAUUUACUGCAACCUUUGACAGCAGUAGGUUAUAGUGUUUAAUAUCCUUAUCCCUAGAUGAAUUAAGUUGCGUUCAUUCAAUAGUGCUAUGAUGAUGCUAGAAAAAAGCUCAUGUAAAAUUUUAUAGCCUCAAAAGGACACUGUCAAGUACUUUUAUAUUUUUAUACAUCCCGUUGUUUGUAAAUAUCCUCUGAUAAGCUUGAAAAUAAAAUUUAUUUCCCUAUCA